CAACGCUCGUAACGCAUACAGCUGCGUUAACGCAAUAACGCAACGCAGCGCUGCGUUACCCAUGUCUAUUGUCCAUAGUUGUCUCUGUUCCAAACUUGAUUUCAAUUUGUGUUAAAAGGGUCAUAGUUUAAGAUUUUUAAUAAUUACAAUGAAAUAAAAUCAAUGUUUCAUACAGUGGGAUUGACUCUGAAAAACAGAAUGAGUGAAGCUAAAAAACUUUACGAAUCUUUGAGUUUAGUAGGUUCCGUUUCACUUGCAAUUUCUCUGCCAUGGAUAAUUUUCCGAGUUUGCAAAGCUCUAUAUUUACAAAAAGGUCUUAAUGAGCUGUUUGGAAAGGUGGUUGUAAUAACUGGAGCCAGCUCAGGCUUAGGAGAAGCUCUAGCUCAUGAAUUUUAUAAACAGGGUUGCCAAGUAGUCCUUUGUGCUAGACGAAGACAAGAACUAGAUCGUGUAAGAACAGACUUAUUGCACACACAUAGUACAAUACAAACACAUCCACCUAUAAUACUUCCUCUUGAUUUAAGUAAUAUUGAUAGUCUCGCAGAAAAUGUUAAAAAAAUUAUAGCAGUUACUGGUAAAAUAGAUAUUUUAAUAAACAAUGGUGGUGUAUCUCAUCGAGGUAGUGUUCUUUCCACUCAGACAAAUGUUGACAUGAAAAUUAUGAUGGUAAAUUAUUUUGGGACUACUGCAUUAACUAAAGCAACCUUACCUGAUAUGGUGAAGCGAAAAGAAGGUCACAUAGUGUUUAUUAGUUCUGUUCAAGGUCUGGUAGCCCUACCAGAAAGAUCGGCAUAUAGUGCUUCAAAACAUGCACUUCAAGCAUUUAGUGACAGUUUAAGAGCUGAAGUAUCUGCAUAUAAUGUGUUUGUAACUGUUGUUAGUCCUGGGUACAUUAAAACUAAUUUAUCAUUAAAUGCUUUAACUGGAUCUGGUGCCAGUUAUGGACAAAUGGACCAGACUACUACAAAUGGGUAUUCCCCUGAAUAUGUAGCUAAGAAAAUUGUAAAGGCAGUUGCAGAAAAAAAGAAAGAAAUUGUAAUUUCUACUCUUUUACCAAAGUUAGCUAUUUUUUUGAGGAAAUAUUUGCCUUUUUUAUAUUUCUUUGUGAUGGUUAAAAGAGCCAAGAAGUGCAAUUUAAAACAAUGAAAUAAAAUGAAUGCAUAGAUGUAAUUUAGUUUGGUAUGUUUUUGCCAAGCUCUUAAAUUUUAUUAGAUUAGACCUCAUUUUAAUACCAAAGAAGGCAGCAGAGCACCUGCGGAAUUUAGACUUAAAACUUAAGUCACAUUUUUUUAGGCAUUUUCAAAACUAUGCUCCUAGUUUUUUUACAAAAAUCAAGGUGCUCUGUUAGCUUCGAUCGAAGUCAACAAAGCACCUCAAUUUUUUUAAGCAUUUCCAAAAAAACAUAUUUUUAGGAUCUUAAAAUAUAAAAUUUUUCAAAAAAAAAUUAUUUAAAAAAAAUACAGGAUGCUUUGCUAGCUUCAAACGAGUCCAGCAGAGCACCUCAGUUUUUUAAAGUUUUUUUUUUUCUAAAAACAACCACACCACAUUUUUCGGCUAUUUUUCUUAAAAUAUAAACCUACUAAAAAAUUGCUAUUUUUUAAUAUUACAGGGUGCUUUGGUGAAACAAUAGCCUAAAAAUGUGAUGUGGUUGUUUUUAGAAAAAAAAAAAACUUUAAAAAAACCGAUGUGCUCUGCUGUUUUCAUUCGAAGGUAGCAAAGCAGUCUGUAUUUUUUAAAAAAUACUAUUUUUUUUUUAUAAUAUUCUGCUGAUUUUAUUCCAAAAAGCACCCUGUAUUAUUUAAAAAUAGCAAUUGUUAGUAAAGUUUUAUAAUAUUUCAAGAGCCUAAAAAUGUGGUUGUUUUUAGAAAAAGUUUUAAAAAACCGAGUUGCUCUGCUGGAUUCGUUUGAAUCUAGCAAAGCACCCUGUAUUUUUUAAAAGUAAUAAUUUUUUUUCGAAAAGUUUUAUAAUAUUUCAACAAUCUAAAAAUAUGACGUUUUUGGAAAAAAUACUGAAGUGCUCUGCUGACUUCGUUCGAAGCUAGCAGAGCACUUUGAUUUUAGCAAAACAAAUGAGCACAACAUUUUUAAAUAGAGUAUAAAAAGUCUUAAAAUAGCCUAAAAAUAUGGCAUUGGUUACAACUCGAAAUUCCCUAGGUGCUCUGCUGCCUUCUUUAGCAUCUCAUUUUGAAAUAGUAGAAGCUGAAUUAAUUCUGAACCCUUUAGUGGCAGCAAAUUUAUAUCAGUGUAUCAUUUGCAAUUUGAAAUGUUCCCUUACAGUUCUCCCAUUUUACCAGUUUACCAAAUUCUAUUAAAGUAAAACUAUUUCCAUCCAAAAAGUAGAGUAAGUUAAACUACAUCUGUAUUUUUAAAAAUAAAAGUAUGGUGGGCACCACACAUGGGCAGGAUUAGAGAGCUGGGCAGUGAAAGUGUUAAGUAGCCAUGUAGUUCUAGUUCAUCUGAGGGGUCAACCGAGUUUCAAAAUUGUUUACACCAAUUUCAACAUUUCCAAAAAAUGCCAACAAUUCCAAUAAAAAAUGCAGCAAUUCCAGUGAAAAUUCCAAUAAUUCUAGUCCAAUUAUACUUUUCAUUUUUUGCUUUAGAUGGACUUGAUAUUAAAUAAAUUGUCAUUACCUUAAGUAGGUAGAUUGUAAAAAUGAGUGACUGAAGCCAAACAUUACGCAAAUUUUUCAAUGAAAAACAAAUUGUAAGUAGAUUUAGCAAAAGUUAAGUUUUGAGGAAAAGGCAAAAAACCGUUUUGAUCUGGAUUUUUUAAAUAUCAAAAUAAUACACAAAAUCAUAUACAUAAAACUUAAAAGUGAAAUGACAACCAGUUUUGACUAAUUCGCCAUCAGCAGGCUUACAAACAAUAAAAUUAUCUAAAUAGACGCUUGUAAUAGUAAGAGAUGAACGCCUACCUUAUAAAUAUGUAAUAAAAAAGAAGAUUUGAAAAUCAAUACAUCUCGACGUCGAGGAUAGGAAAAGGAGGGAAGUAUAUAAAGGAGAAAGGAAGACAUUAAAAGAAAAUAGGGAUUAAGGUAGGAAGAUUUUCAAUAUGUAAACAGAUCUCGGUUGGAAAGUGGAGUUGUAGACUCCUGAUUCCUGUAAAAAAGUUCAGAGGUACUGAAGGAGUGAACAACUAAAACGGUAUAAAUGCAGGUGACAAGAUACCCUAGGCGAGUAUAAGGGGAACGGUUUAGUAUGAAGGAGCUACUCAGUUUGGGUAGGAUAACGGUCACACUACGAGUAAACGUACCAGCAACAAGAAAUAAUAUUUGGGAAAGCAAGAUGGCGUAAGGAAAUAUAGGAAACCGUUUCCAGGAAACGAUUCGAGAAGGAAAGAAUCUCAUUAUCACACUUAAAACUGUAGCGUUUGUUUAUUUUAAAUAACAGUUUAUUUGUAAAUAAUUUAUUUGAACACUUAUUUAUUUUAAAACAAUACUAUUCUAAUUUAUAUAUAUAUAUAUAUAUA